AUGGAUGAAGAGUACGACAUCAUCGUUUUGGGAACCGGUCUCAAGGAAUGCAUUCUCGGUGGUCUUCUAUCCGUCGAUGGCCUCAAGGUUCUUCACAUGGAUAGAAAUGACUAUUACGGAGGAGAAUCCACCUCGCUCAAUCUUAUUCAGCUUUGGAAGAAAUUCAGAGGAGAUGAUAAGCCUCUUCCACAUUUGGGUUCUAGCAAAGACUAUAAUAUUGACAUGAACCCUAAGUUCAUUGUGGCUAAUGGCAUGUUAGUGAGGGUUCUCAUUCAUACUGAUGUUACCAAGUAUCUCUAUUUUAAAGCUGUGGAUGGAAGUUUUGUCUUUAACAAAGCAAAGUUUUUCAUUUAUGUUCAAGAUUAUAAUGAGAGUGAUCCUAAAACUCAUGAGGGGAUGGACUUGACAAGAGUGACUACUAAGGACCUGAUAGCAAAAAUUGGCCUUGAUGAUAACACUGUGGAUUUCAUUGGUCAUGCUUUGGCGCUUCAUAGAGAUGAUCGCUACUUGAGUGAGCCAUCUCUGGACACUGUGAAGAGAAUGAAAUUAUAUGCAGAGUCUCUUGCACGAUUUCAAGGGGGAUCACCCUACAUAUACCCUUUGUAUGGUUUAGGAGAGCUUCCCCAUGCAUUUGCAAGGCUUAGUGAUGUUUAUGGUGGUACAUAUAUGGUGAACAAACCUGAAUGCAAGGUACAAUUUGAUGCUUAA